AUGAAUGCUCAAACUGAAGAUAAACAUGUAGAUGGAACUUGUAUAACAGCAAACAUUCAGAAAACACAUGAAGAUAUUAAACGGGAAAUAAUGCAGUACAAGUCGAGAUCGGAAAGGUAUAAUUAUGAAAAAGAUAUUAGCCGCUUACGUGAUUUAAUACAGAAGAAAUUAGCAGUGUCUUCUUCAUUAGAAAUUCGUUCACUAGUUAAAGCAACAUAUUUUAUUCGACAAGAAAUUCAAUCGAAACAAAGAUGUUAUUCAUUAGAAAUGAAAACGUUAUCAUAUCCAGAACUUUUAGACGAAAAUGCUGCAAGUAUUGAGCGAAGUGAGUUUAUACAGAGUAAAACAUUGAGUGAGGGCGAUCAAUACUAUUGA